GAUAGAGCAUAUAGCAAUCAAGGUUCAGUUCAUGAUAGAGCAUAUAGCAAUCAAGGUUCAGUUCAUGAUAGAGCAUAUGGCAAUGAAUGUUCUGUUCAUGAUAGAGCAUAUAGCAAUGAAGGUUCUUUUCGUGACAGAGGAAAUAGCAGAGACAAUUCUCUUCAUAAUAGAGCAUAUAGUCAUGAAGUUCACGCUCAUGUUUGUCAGUGUAAUAUAAAUUUUCACUCUCAUGGUGCUGGUAGAAAUAGUGUUUCUCGUGAUGAUACACACAAACAGAAUUUGAAGAAAGAUAAACCAAUGCAACAUGGAGUCACUAAAAAUGCCAACUGCAAAUCAACGUCAUCAAAAGAGUCACUAAUAAAACAUCCAAGAGGAAGGGGGUAUUCGAAAAACCCAAACCAAACGAGAAGCAAGGUCAAACAAAUAGACCUACCAAAAAAGGAUGAGAAUAUGACACAAAGUUGCAAAGAUUUUUUACAAAAGCACAGGCACGGGGAUCAAGAGAAAGAUGAAGUUAUGGGUUGUAAAACACCUGAAAAUUUAGACUGCAAACCAAUAGCUUCAACAGGAGAAAAGAUAACCAAAAAAAGAAGAGACAGAAGAAAAGAAGAAGUUCUUUACUCUGCAUUAGAUGAAACAUCAGAGAAGACAAAAAUGAGUGACCAUUCCAAUCUAAAAGGUGAAAUACUAUACUUAUUACCCUCGGAAUCCAGCCAAGAUGACGUACAUACCAUGAACGAUCGGGUUUCUGAUAAAGAGCAAUCUGAGAAGGAAAGAGACUCACCAAGCAGAGGACCUCAUGUUGAAGUAGACGGGACUUUUACUAAAUCUAAAACAAAUAAAAAAAGACGUAGAAAAAAACAUUUUAGUAAAAGCAAGGAACACCGUUCGGCAUCGAAAGAUAAGGAUGUUCUUCACAACUCAGAUGAAAUAACAAAUAGCGAAACAUUAUACACAGUCAUUGAUAUGGCUAAAGACGAGUUAAUUGAGGGUGAGGAAUCUGAAGUAGGAAUUCCUAAAACGAAAAAGAAUUUGACAGAUGUAAUCCAGACAAAUAUCAAAUUGGAGAUAUAUGAGGAAAUCAGGCAAAAUAGUAAGCUGAUGAUCAAACGUUACAUCGAAUCUAAGAUGGCUGACGAUGAUACUUUGCCUGAUCAUGAAAUUAUAUCACAGAGUGUUAGCGAUAUCACAACCUUACUACUUAGAUUUAGAUCACAUAACCAAGCCAAAAAAGCCGCUAUUAUGCUUAACAGAAUAAAUAAAACAAAACCGUUCUGUAAAGCAACAGUAAUACAACCUCGAGUUGAUGAAGAGAAGGAAAAGCUAAUGUCUAAAAAGGCAAUGGUCAAAGGAAACAUAGAAUCCAAAUCUAAAUUGAUUCUUGAGAAGCAUAAUCAAAAGAUUGCUAAACAAGAGGAGGAUUUUGAUGAAAUACUAAAGUUGUGUGAAACGUACAAUGACCUGAGCUACGAACUAUUUGAGAAAACACAACUUGAGAAGGAAGCAGUUGUUCAUAAAACUGAAGAGUUAAUACGACAAAGAGAAGAAUUUGAGAACAAGAUCGAAAAAAUUUCACAGAAUGCCAGAAAUGCCAAAACGUUUAAAGAACUCGAAGAAAUUGAAAAGUCCUUUGGUUUCGAGAGGAGCAAAAUGUUUGCGUCACUGCCCAUAUUUGGUUUCAGACAGGAAAUUACACAACACGUGAGUAACAAUCAGGUGACAGUGCUCCUAGGGGAAACUGGAUCAGGCAAAAGUACACAGUUAGUACAAUUCAUGGCAGAAAUGAACUCCUUCAAUGGUACAAUAGUGUGCACGCAGCCAAGAAAGGUAGCAGCAACCUCACUUGCUGAAAGAGUAGCUGAAGAGCAUUCAAGUCGUGUAGGGGAUGAGAUUGGAUACAGAGUUGGAAUGAGAAGAAGAACAAGCAAAAAUACAAGGGUGAUAUUUAUGACUGAUCAUACAUUACUCAAUGAGUUCUUCAAUGACCCUGAAAUCAAAAAAUACAACUGUGUCAUAAUAGACGAAGCUCAUGAGAGAAGCAUCUAUAGUGAUCUAUUGAUAGGUAUGCUGAAACGUUGUCUACCCAAGCGUCCAGACCUUCGUGUAAUUAUAACAUCUGCGACCAUUGAUCCAGCAAUUUUUACUAACUAUUUCUCUGAUUGCCCAGUGAUAAAUAUACCAGGAAGAACAUACCCUGUUGACGUAGAAUGGUGUGAGACAGAGUCUCAAAACACAAGCGAAAUAGUAAAGGACACGAUACGGAAAACAGCAGAGCUUCAUCAUACCUACCAUACCGAUCCUUCCGGGGAUAUCCUAGUGUUUCUCCCAACACCAAUGGAUACCGAGCAGGCUUGUGAGAUCCUCCAUCGAUAUAUUGGGAAGAAGGAGUCGUUCGAAUGCUUCCCUUUUCAUGGGAAACUACAACCGGAUGAACAAUCAAAGGUGUUCAAACCAGUAGAAAAGGAUGGUGUCAGGAAAAUCAUAUUUGCGACAAACAGCGCAGAAACUUCAUUGACAAUUGUUGGUGUGAAAUAUGUUGUGGAUUCUGGUCUUGUGAAGGAAAAACGGUUCGAUCCUAAACGUAAUAUGAGCUCACUUGAUGUUGUAAUGAUCAAUAAGAGUUCGGCAAACCAAAGAAAGGGACGUGCUGGGAGAACACAGUCUGGAAAGUGCUAUAGAAUGUACUCAGAAGAGGAUUACAACAACAUGGAAGAAAACGACACCCCGGAAAUACUGAGAGUGAAUCUAGGAUUAACAAUACUUCAGUUGUUGGAUCUUGGGAUCGAGGAUCCAAUGAACUUUGAUUUCAUCCAGCCGCCGUCAAAAGAUGCAACGAAGACAGCGUAUGAAUCAUUAUGUAUCCUUGGAUUGAUAAAGGAGAGAGAAAUAACAGAAAGUGGGAGGAAAGUUUCCAAACUGAACCUUGAACCUAGAUUGGGACUUCUAACACUGAUGGGUAUAGAGCAGGGUGUUGGAAUGGAGGCCCUGUCUAUAGCGGCAUCGAUGACGGUAUCAGGAUCUAUCUUUUUUAGGACUGGCACAAACGAAGAGAAGGAAAAAGCUGAUAUGAAGAAAAUGCCAUUCUGUGAUGAUAUGGGAGAUCUUAUAACAAAUCUGAAUGUCUUCCGCGAAUGGAUGGCAGAGCCAGAGAAAAAGAAGACUGGAUGGUGUAUGAAAAAUAGCAUCAGUGCGAAGGCCAUGAGAAUGACACGUGACUCUGUGAAAGAACUAAGAGAUGUUCUUGAAAAGGACCUCAGCAUCCAAGUUGAGUAUAGUUUCAAUGACGACACCGCUGCAUCUAUGGCUAAGCUAAAGAUGAUACUUCAAGACUGUUACAAACAGAAUGUUUGCAUAUUUUCUGGCCAUGAUAAACUUGGGUAUUAUUCCCCCGCUUUAGAGCAGUAUGUUAAGGUUCACCCAGGGUCAUCUCUGAGGAUGCAAGGCUUACAACCCAAAUGGCUAGUGUUCGUUCAACACUUGAAGACAUCCCAAGAUUUCAUUGUUGACCUCACUCCUGUUGAUGAAUCAUGGGUGGAGAAAUGCAUUGAGUCUGGAUCACUGACUUACAAUUUUGAGGAACUAAAAGAAUGUGUGCUUGAGCCAGAGACCAUGGUGAACCUUAGUAAAACGGUUGCAUUUAAACUUUGUGGAAAGGCGUUUACCACUUUGCAUAAGUUGGAGGAUGAUAUCAAAGAAAAAAUCAAUGACAGCCAUUUUACAAUCGAUUUGAGCAUUGAUGAUGGAAACAUUAAGAUCUUUGCUAAACGCCAACACAUAGAAGUCGCUAGGGGUGUUAUUCAAGAAGCUAUUGAUAAUAUCAAAGAACCUUUGAAAAAGGAAACGAGGGAGGUUCAACUAAAGAGAGAAAACAAUGGUGUCCGAGCUAUCCUAUCGGCAGGCGGAACUGUUGAACACAUACUCAUGCCAACAGAAUCACACACUGUAUUGAUUCGAUUUGAGCGGAACGAAAAAGAAUCUGUAGAGGAUACUAACAAAGGAUCGAUUUCAGAUAAUCAAGCUAAAGUGAAUGCAGCACAGUCCGAGGAAGAUAUUAAGAAAAGAUUUGAGACAUAUGGCAAAAUUCUGAAAUGUUAUAAAUUCCCCAACCAACGUUAUCAGAACUGGGGAAAGUUGACAUACCAAGAUCAUGAAGAAGCAAAGAAUGCAAUUGAGGGGACAAAGAAUGAUGCUAUUCGUGCUGUACCUGAACGAAAAAAUGCUUUAGUUCCUCUAUCUGGAAAGUACCGAGUGAAAUUGAAAUGGCUGCGCCGUCCAAAACAAAAGUAUGCGUUCGUGAUGUUUUCUUCCAUUGAUGAUGCUCAAAUGGCUGUCCGGCACAUCCGUGAAUUACAUAUCAAUGGUCAACGAUUACGGUUGUCACCAACUAAAAACGCAAAAAGAAAUUGCGAGGUUUAUGUGUCAAAUGUGGCGCCUGAUGUGACAGAAGAUAAAAUUAAACAGGACCUUAAAAGCAGGUCAGAGGAAUUAGAUUUGGAUAUUCAAAUUAUCAGAGUCCAGAUUCCAAGGGUGAGAGCUUUUGAGACAACAGAAGGAAAGAUAGAUGAAUAUCGUGAGAUUCUUGAACGACACAUCGAACGCUAUGUGAAAAAAGAUAGAUUUAGAGUGGACAUAAUCAAGCCUAGAGAUGUUGAUUUCGAAGCUCGUGCUUAUGUUGAGUUCGAAGAUGCACUAGAUGGUCAGGAAACCGUAGAGAAGUUGCAGAAUAGUCAAGUGCUAAUUGAUGCAGAGCCUGUAACAUUUGAAUCAGGCAUACGAUGUGUGAUUCCUGUGCCAGCGGCAAUAUAUCGAGUAACAAAAGAGGAAGCUGAGAUGCACAUUGCCAGUUUGAAAGAAUACACAGCAAACAUUGCUAUAAAGGUUGAUAAGAACUUGAAACAAAACAAUAAAGUGGUUAAAGUGGAGAUUUCAAGUCUAAAAGUAAAAGACAUUGCCCUUGCACAUUCUGUGUUAAGUGAGUGUUUUAGAGGGUCAGAGAUUGAUUGCUCCAGAAUGGAAAUCCUUCAAAAUCUUUUGUCGGAAGAAGGGUAUGAAUUUCUCAAAAAUGAUGUUUCAAAUCAUGAGUACCUGCACGUUGAGGUUGAUAAACGAAGGCAGUGUGUUGGACUCCAUGGGUCUUCUAAGCACAUAUCCAAAGCACAGAGGAAAGUAAAUGAUUACUUAGAUGAAAUCGAAAAGGGACAGUCACAGGUCCACACAAAACUAAUUCCAAUAGGGCGAAGCAGACCUAAGGGAUUUUUGAAAGCUCUCGUUAAGAACUUCGGCAGUGACUUACAGGGACUCAAAGAAACGUCUCAAGCAGAGUCGCUGAAGUUGAACGUCGUGAAAAAGAACUUAGAAGUGAAGGGUGAUUCCGAUGUCUUUGAAUGUGUUGAAUCCGCAAUAAAUAAAAUCUGUUCCGAUUUGUUGGAACAACAAGGGGAUGGUGAUAGCACUGAGAAGGAUUGUGCAGCAUGUUAUAGUUCUGCUGAUAAACUGUACCGUUUAGAAUAUUGUGGCCAUCCCUAUUGCAAAGAUUGCAUCAAAACUCAUAUAAGCGUCAUGAUAAAGGAUCGUCGAUUCCCCAUUCAAUGUAUUGAAUGUGAAGGCCCUUUAGUCUACAAAGACUUCCUAAAUAUGUUAGGCAGGGGGACUGGGCAGGAAGAAAAGUUCGUUCAAUCCGCUGUAUCAGCAUAUAUAGCGAAACACACCGAUACGGUCCGACAUUGCCUCACACCAGGCUGCAAUUCCGUUUACAAGGUAACCAAAGAGGGAGGUGUCUUCCAGUGCCCAGAAUGCAACAAUGUGCUAUGUACCACGUGUCAUAUUAUCCCAUACCAUAGUGGAAUGACAUGUGCGAUGUAUCAGAGCAUGAAAACGGAUCCAGAUUACGAACUACAGCGCUACAUAGAUGAGGAUCCGGAGAACAGAAAGAGGUGUCCAAAAUGCCGGACCCUGAUUGAAAAGAACAAAGGUUGUAACCAUGUGGCUUGUUCAAACUGUCAUAGCCACCUGUGUUGGUUGUGUUUGGAAGUGUGCUCAUCAAGUACAAGUUGCUAUGAUCAUCUUGAUAGGAUACACGGAGGCAUUUUUGAUAACGAAAAUGAUUUGAUUUAUGAAUAUGACUGAAAAAAACACAAACACUUAUCAAAAAGGAUGUUUAAUUAUGAUUAAAAAUAUAAGGCUAGCUUUUAAAUUAGGAAUCGCCAAACACUCGAUUUAUUAUUUAGUUUAGAGUGCUUGAUGUUGUUCAACCAGCUUCGCUAUUAUCCAAGCCGAAAUAGGUGUGUGUUUCUAGAAAAGGCAGUAAGUGUGUGUGUUUCUAAAAACCUACCCUUAGUUAUAACAAACUGAUACUAUGUCAUCAAACUGAUACUAGUCAUCAACUGAUACAAGUCAAUAUAAUUGUAAAAUAUAAAGCGCUGUACACAAAUUGAUUUUGGGAUGGAUCAUUUUGUAUUUUAAGAUGGGCAGAGUGGUAUGUCGUUUUGACCAAUUAGCGCAUUUCGUCAGUAUAAAGGCCAAUGUGAAAAAUGCAUUUUACCUUCAUUGUUACAAUGGAGUGGUCUUUGCCAAGUCGGUACUUUUUACUUAUCUGAUCUUGAAUUAUUAAAUCAAGUGAGAUAGACCGACCUGAGCAAGGCAUUAAGUUUGUUCGAAAUUGACAAAUUAAAGGUGCAGCAAAAAGAUGAGUUAGAAGUAUAUUCUAAAAACUGUUGUCAACAUUUUUUGAUCACAACAGUUAACGUUGUUCCUAUCUUACAAAAAUAGUCAUUGCUUUGGCUUU